CAAUUUUAUAUGAAUUCGUUUCCAUCUCUAUUGAGCGUUCAGCUACUCAAAUUAAGCCAAGGUAGUGUCGUUGCUGUUAAACUUGACUUCCGGUCACUUGAAAGCGAGGAAUUGGUUGAUCUUAUGGAAAGUAUUGAAAUUAACAAGACUAUAAAGGAGCUUGCUGUCAAACUUAUCAAUGCAACGUCGGACGAUGUUCCGUUCGCGCCAACCUUAUUAAGAGUGGAAAGCCUAGAUGACUCAACCAUGGUCGAGUGGGAUUUGGUUGAGCCUUCGCCCAGUCAAGGAAAAAUCGAAGGAUACAGGGUAUAUUACAGACAGCUUUCCUCAAACGUGUGGGAGUUUGAAACUUGUAAUAAAGAUGAAGAUCGCCUGAGCCUGAAAAAUUUAAAACCUGGGGUAGAGUAUGGUAUUCGUGUGCUGGCGUUCUCUAACAACGGAAAUGGCAUUCCUAGUGAUAGAGUUGAAAUCUUCGUCAAAGGACAGCCACUGACCACACAUUACGUUCAAUCGAGUCCGUCUACAGAACCAUUAUCGACACCAACUUCUGAGCCAGAAAAAGAAAUACUUGCCACCACAUUGCAACCGGAAGAAGGAUCUAAAUCUGUUAUUGAAAGCAUCUCCACAACUGCUCCAUCAAGAGAAACUAAAAGCAUUACCACAAAAAUAACAGACGGUAAAACACUGUCUAGUCCAUCUACGCCUCAAGCUGACACAUCUACACAACCUACACCAAAAUCAUAUCCUACGCCAACAUUCAAAGAUGUAACCACGACAACAUCAGAAGCAGAAGGAACAGCUACCAGUACAGAAGGACCAUCAUCAACACCUGGUGCUACCUUCGCAACGGUAGAAACGUCAACUGUAAGUACUGAAACAACGUCAUCCAUGACAACAACAGAAGCAGAAGGAACAGCUACCAGUACAGAAGGACCAUCAUCAACAUCUGGUGCUACCUCCGCAACGGUAGAGAAGUCAACUAUAAGUACUGAAACAACGUCAUCCAUGACAACAUCAGAAGCUGGAGGAACAGCUACUAGUACAAAAGGAAUAUCAUCAACAUCUGGUGCAACCUCAUCAGCGGUAGACGGGUCAACUGUAAGUACUGGAACAACGUCAUUCAUGACAACAACAGAAGCAGAAGGAACAGCUACCAGUACAAAAAGAAUAUCAUCAACACCUGGUGCUACCUCUGCAACGGUAGAAGAGUCGAUUGUAAGUACUGGAACAACGUCAAAAAUGACAACAACAGAAGCAGAAGGAACAGCUACCAGUACAGAAGGACCAUCAUCAACACCUGGUGCUACCUUCGCAACGGUAGAGAAGUCAACUGUAAGUACUGAAACAACGUCAUCCAUGACAACAUCAGCGGCCGAAGGAAAAGCUACCACUACAGAAGGGCCAACAGGAACACCCAGUGCCAUCUCAGCAACUCAGUCAACUAAACGUCCUGAAAUAACGUCAUCCACGACGACAUCAGAAGCAGAAGGAACAACUGCCACUACAGAAGGACCAUCAUCAACACCUGGUGCAACGUCCACACCAGUAGACGGGUCAACUGUAAGUACUGGAACAACGUCAUCCAUGACAACAUCAGAAGUAGAAAGAGCAACAUCCAGUACAGAAGAGCCAACAGGAACACCCAGUGCAACCUCAGCAACGGUAGAAAAGUCAACUGUAAGUACUGAAACAACGUCAUCCACGACAACAUCAGAAGCAGAAGGAACAACUGUAGAAGUACCAUCUUCAACGGCAGGUGCAACCUCAGCAACGGAAGAAGAGUCGACUGUAAGAACCGGUAAAUCGUCAACCGCGACAUUAUCAGAAGUAGAAGGAACAACUGCCAGUACAACUGUUACAUCUGGAAUACAUAGAUCAACAUCCACUUCAGAAGAAUCAACAACGGCUGGUUCAACAAGCGGAUCAACUACUAAUAAGGGUAGAUUACCAACUACAAACACCCACACUCCAUUCCAGGUUACAGUGUUUAGUGAUAUCACUAACCCUAAAGAACAGAUAAAGUAUUCAAGUACAACUGCAACACUCACACGAAGUACGUCACCUAGGAAGACAGAAGAAGUAAAAAUAACUUCGAAAACCCAUAAGCUUUUGGUGACACCUGUUCCAACCACAACUACUUCGGGUCAUACUUUUGCGCCAUCAGGCAAUUAUGGUGCAACCACGUCGACGCAAGAAAAGUCUUCUCUUAGCACAGGAACAAAAUCACCGACCACAACAUUUGAAGUUGAUGGAACCACCUCCAGUACAGAGCGCUAUUCGAGAACUUCUGGUGCUACUUCUUCCACGCAAGAAAAGUCAUCUGUGACCGCAAAGACAACAUCACAGACCACAACCUCAGAAGUGGAUGGAACUACCUCCAGUACUGAAAACCCUUCGAGCACUUCUGGUGCUACCUCUUACACGCAAGUAACGUUAUCUGUGAGCACAGAAACAACAAAACCUACCACAACAUCAAAAGUGAGUGGAACAACCUACAUUACAGAGGCACCAUCRAGUACUACUGGCGCGACUUCCUCCACGGCUGAAACGUCAUCUGUGAGCACAGAGACCACAUCACCUACCAAAACAUCAAAAAUAGGUGGAACAACCUACAUUACAGAGGCACCAUCGAGUACUACUGGCGCGACUUCUUCCACGGCAGAAAAGUCAUCUAUGAGCACAGGGACAACAUCGGCGACACCAACAUCAGAAGUGGAUAGAACCACUACUAUUAAAGAGGGCCCAUCGACGACUUUGAGCGCAGCCAUUGCCACUACAGAAAAGGAAACCAGUGGAUCGCUUACUAAAUACACUACUGUUUCUAGUCCAUCUGUCAACACAGAAAAAGACAGUGCAAGUACUGCUACUGAGGCAUCAUCAAGAUCGACUCAACCAACGCCAUUUAUUAUUACACGAUAUACAGAGUCUACAGAUAGUGAGGAACAAAUAAAACAAAACUCACAAUCUAGUACAAGCUAUUCACCAACAACAAGUGAAAGGACCAAAUUUGAUGGGAGUACAAGUAGCUCGGGUCCAUUUGUAACCACAGGAGGCGAAAGCGUACGUACUACUACUGAACCUCCCUCUGCAGGCACAGGAACAGUCAGUACAGAUACUACUGAUGCAAGUCCAUCUAAAAGUACAGCAACAGACAGUACUGGUACUACGGCUGCAAGUCCAUCUGUAACCAAAGGAACAGACAGUAACAGUACUACUGCUGCAAGUCCAUCUGUAAGCACAGGAACAGACAGUACUGGUACUACUGCUGCAAGUCCAUCUGUAAGCACAGAAACAGACAGUACUGGUACUACUGCUACAAAUCCAUCUGUAAGCAUAGGAACAGACGGUACAGGUACUACUKCUGCAAGUCCAUCUGUAAGCACAGGAACAGACGGUACUGGUACUACUGUUACAAGUCCACCUGUAACCACAGCAACAUACAGUACUGGUACUACUGCUGCAAGUCCAUCUGGAAGCAAAGGAACAGACGGUACUGGUACUACUGCUGCAAGUCCAUSUGUAGCCACAGCAACAGACAGUACUGGUACUACUACUGCAAGUCCAUCUGUAAGCACAGGAACAGACGGUACUGGUACUACUGUUGCAAGUCCACCUGUAACCACAGCAACAUACAGUACUGGUACUACUGCUGCAAGUCCAUCUGUAAGCAAAGGAACAGACAGUACAAGUACCACCUCUGCUAUUUCAGUACCUAGCACUCCAUAUGUCAUGGCUAAUAGCAUAAACCCCACUACUAUCAAAGUACUGUGGAAUGGAAUCAAGCUCGAUGAUAAAUCCCUUCGCUUCAAGAUUUUUUACAGAUCCGAGAAAGAUGAUGUUUUGAAGAGUAUUACUUGCAAGAACUGUAGUUCUAUUUUACUUACGGGGCUUAGGAGUGGAACAAAGUAUCGUGUAUCAGUUGAAGCAUUCAACCAUAUUGGUGUAAAUGCCUUGUCAAGCAGGACCGAAAGGUCAAAAAGGAGAGCCAGGAUCUACAGGAUUUAACGGCACAGUAAUAAAGGGUAGCAAAGGAGACCGUGGAAGUAUUGGUCUACCUGGACCUCCUGGUCGCACAGCCUACGUGUAUUCUAAUGGUACAACACAGUAUAUUAAAGGACAAAAGGGUGAUAUUGGCUCCUGCUCUUCCAAUUGUUCUUUGGUUGCCGGAGUAAGGGGACCAAAAGGAGAACCUGGACAAACUAUUACUGGUCCUCCAGGAAAGCCAGGUAGCCCUGGUAAACCUGGAACUCGUGGUUUGGCGGGUUCGAGUGGUCUCCCUGGCCCGCCUGGUCCUCCAGGCCUGCCUGCUACUUAUGUUAAUAUGUCUACUGGCGAGGUUCUUCGAAUACUUAAAGGCGAUCUAGGACCUCAGGGGCCAGAAGGACGAAAAGGUGCCAAGGGUGACAGAGGAAUUGGAGGCAAGGAAGGUGAAAACGGGACCAAAGGAGAAAAGGGCGAGCGAGGACCGAUAGGACCAAUAGGUCUUCCUGGAAAAAAUGGCAAAGAUGGCGUACCAGGAAAAGGAUCUAAAGGAGACAAGGGAACAGCUGGACCCAAGGGAGAGAAAGGAGAUUCUGGAGCACCAAAAGGAGAAAAGGGAGCAACGGGAGAACAAGGACCCAUAGGAAUACAGGGACAGAAGGGAGAAUCUGGCGACUCAAUUCAAGGACCCCCCGGUCCACCAGGACCACCCGGUGAUGCCAGCAUAACCAACGGCCAUGGAUGUUCUUGUUCCCCGGGCCCUCCUGGACCUGUUGGACCUCCAGGUCCCAUAGGCCUUAAGGGUAUACUUGGCGGGCCUGGUCUUCCUGGAAAAGAUGGUUUUAACGGUUCAAAAGGAGAAAAAGGAGAGCCGGGACCACCUUCACCGCCACCACCUGUUUUCCCACCAAUCCCAGGUCAGAAAGGAAGCAAAGGUGAUCCGGGUCUACCAGGUUUCCCUGGACUGAGAGGAGAAAUUGGCCCUCAAGGUCCCAAAGGAACCAUGGGAAAAAUUGGUCUUCCAGGAAAACCAGGUGUUCCUGGAGAAAAGGGGGAUAUCGGACCUCAAGGCGUGGUGGGAUUUCCUGGAAGAAAGGGAGAGGUCGGUAAUCUUGGCCCCAAAGGAGACAUAGGUCCUAAGGGCGAAAUUGGGAACAAGGGAGAAAAGGGUGAUAGAGGUGGAGACGGAGAACCUGGAGUGAAUGGGAUCAAAGGAGAGCCGGGUUUGACAGGGACCCAAGGACAAAAAGGAGAGGUCGGACUUGUUGGAGAAAAAGGAGAUAAGGGUGACCAAGGCAAACCUGGCAUCAAGGGAGAGAAGGGAGCCCAAGGAGUUGGGAUCAAGGGAGAAGUGGGAACACCAGGGAAAAAUGGAUUGCAGGGUCCACGAGGACGUCAUGGAUCUCCAGGUCCCCCCGGGCUUGUUGCUGUUGUUAAGGGUGCUGAAGGAGCUGCUGGCCCACCAGGAGAAACUGGCCUCCCAGGCAAUAAGGGCGUAAAAGGAGACACCGGAGAAAGUGGACCUAAGGGAGAUAAGGGAGUAAAGGGAGAACAAGGUUCCAAGGGAAACGAUGGUGUAGACGGAUCCCAAGGACCACCCGGACCGAGCGUCACUGGACCACAAGGUCCUCAGGGUAUCCAAGGCUUGAAGGGUAACCAAGGAGAGAAGGGAGAUCUUGGAGAAGUUGGUCCAGUUGGACCCGCAGGACCCCCUGGUCCGCAAGGCAGCAAAGGAAGUGUUGGGCCUGUGGGACCAAAGGGUGAAAGCAUUGAAGGCCCCCCCGGACCACCAGGCCCACCUGGACCUCCAGGCCUGAUCACGGAGGUUAACAAACCACCCGAGGGUCAAAAAACCAACAGCAAGGGAGUCAAAGGAGACAAAGGUCCUAAAGGGUCAAAAGGAGAACCAGGUUCACCCGGACUCAAGGGUCCUCCAGGAGUAAAGGGAGAAUCCGGUGAAGCUGGAGAAGAUGGACCUAUCGGACCAUCCGGCAAGCAAGGGCCACCUGGACAAACUGGUGACAAGGGCUCAAGUGGCGAUCCUGGUAAGCCAGGAUUACAGGGUCCUAAAGGUACCCAAGGAGAGCCUGGAGAUCAAGGCCCUAAAGGAGUCCCUGGCAAACAAGGGGAUGUUGGUCCUCAAGGACCUCCUGGACCCCAAGGACCUUCUGGCCCAACAGGACCUGUGGGUCCUGCUGGUGAUGUCGGUCCUGCUGGUGGAAAAGGAGCUAAAGGAGCCCAGGGUGAAGUUGGUCAACCUGGAUUAGUUGGUCCACAAGGACCUCGAGGCCCAACAGGAUCUCAGGGUAGUCAAGGACCACCGGGAUAUCCUGGAUUAGAGGGAAGCCCUGGUCCUUCUGGUUCUAAAGGUGCCAAAGGAGAAAAGGGCGCGAAGGGUGUAGGAAUAAAGGGCCAGAAGGGUGAGCAGGGACUCAGAGGUUUCGCGGGCUCGUUAGGAUUCCCGGGUAGCAAAGGGUUAAAAGGUGACUCUGGAGAACGAGGACAACUUGGAUCCCCUGGACCUGAAGGACCUCCUGGACCAGCCGGGGCAAAAGGAGAACCCGGCCUUGAAGGCAAAGAAGGAAAAACCGGACCCACGGGACCUAAGGGUGAUAAAGGAGAUUUUGGUUUUCCUGGAAUACCUGGCAAUCCUGGAAUAAAUGGAAAUCCUGGACCACAAGGUGCUAAGGGAGACAGUGGUAAGCCUGGACCGCAAGGACCGAAAGGAAAUGAUGGAGAAAAGGGAGAAGACGGUCAGCAAGGUUUACCAGGACCAAAGGGAGAACGAGGAGAAGUGCAAACAGUUGCCGGACCACCCGGACCCCAGGGUCCCCCUGGACCACCCGGUAUAUCAACGGGUAACUCUACCUUAGUUGGACUUCGCGGACCUCCUGGACCACCCGGGCCUCCAAGCACCAUACCGGGACCACCGGGGCCUCCUGGACGCCCUGGACACCCUGGAGGAGAGGCUGGAAACAUUGCUCCUUCACCAACCUCUCCUGGAAUGACGGUUUUAGAAUAUGGGGUCGUAACCUUUGAUCGUAUUGAGAGUAUGAUUCAAAGUUCACCCAAACCUCCCAAUGGUACCCUGGGAUUUGUUCUUUCCGUGCAGCGCCUCUACGUCAAAACAAGUACAGGAUGGAGGCUCGUUAUUGUUGGUCCGUUAGCGAACACAGGAGAAAAUCCUACAGAUGAAACCACAAUCACUCAGGCGCCCGCAGUAAAACCUAUUCUACCACGACCAGGAAUCAAGCUUACAGGACACUACUUGCGCCUUGUAGCCCUCAACUACCCCAUGACUGGUCAGAUGGGUAGUAUUGGAGGAAUCGAUUAUCAGUGCUGGAGACAAUCUCGAGAAUCUAGAAUAGGCGGCUCGUACAGGGCUUUUAUGUCCAAUAAACUGCAGUAUGUCUCUUCUGUGGUACCGAAGGAAGCAAGACAUUUACCAGUUUCUAAUCUAAAGGGAGAGCAGCUGUUCCCGUCAUGGAGAAAACUGUUCUCCAAGAAUUUUGCCUUUAACAAUAAAAUACCUAUUUAUUCAUUUGACGGACGAAACAUUCUGGAAGACAAUCGAUGGAGCAGCAAGUACUUUUGGCAUGGUUCCAACAGUGAUGGCAGCAUGUCUUCGGAAAACUGUCAAUCAUGGCAAAGUCGAGAAAAGCAAGACUUCAGCACAGCCGCCGCUUUUGAUGGCAGCACAGCAGUCAUGGCUGAUGAACUAUUUACAUGUAAUAAUAGAUUUGCUGUCCUCUGUAUUCAAAUUGCCCACCCCAAGAUAAGAAAAUAACGAUACGAUAACGAAAAUAAAUUAGGAAAUAAUUUUAUCAAAUUUAUACAGCCACGUGACAUUUCAGCACGUGAUAUCAAAAGUCUCGUGAGCGCGCAUGCGUUUAGGCAAUUCAAAAUCCUUUAUAUAAGCUAGAGAAAAUUUUCGUAUUCGAAUUAAAUUUAUGCUUUGCUAAAGUAACGGGCUUUGCAACCACAAAAUUCUCAAUAUUAUUCUGUCGAUUGGAAUUUUUUAAUACUAUUAAUAUGCAGUUGCAUUUUAUUAACGAUAUUUAUAUAUGUGACAAGAUUUGACGCGAGGAUGAUGGGAAGUUUUGCCGAAAUGUUCAAUAAAAAUCUGUAGACUUGGUACGAAUCAACUAUCAAAAAUGUUAGCUUGCAUAACUGAUAUUGAUAAUCAGUUUUGAACUUUCCCUGUUGGCUUUGUCAACGACAAUCUUCAAGUGAGAAGUCGUAACUAUGACUUCAAACCAUUUCUUCAGAAAUGCGUUGUUAAAAAAAGUUUUUUGCCAUUAGGUCAGCUAUAGCCUUCUGCGCAGACGUUCUUAGUGUCUGUCGCGCAACGUUUCCCUCCCAACGAAUGAAACAUGGGGAGAGAAACGUUGCGUGACAGACACUAAGAAAGUCUGCGUAGGAGCCGGGCUUCAACACGGUAUCUUUUCAAUUUAAUUGUAGUUUGUGCCGCCAGACUUUUCCUUAAAUUGCGGACACACGAUGCGACAACGCCUGCAAAGUUGCAUGAAAAAGGCUGUCUUUUAGGAUGUUGUGAUCAUGUAUCGCAUGCAACGUCGAUACAACAUCGCACCGUGUGUCUGUACCUUUAGGCUUCGUCCACACAUAUCCGGAUAUUUUUGAAUCACAGCUUUUUCGUUUCGGUUUGGCGUCCCGAGCACACGAGGCCGUAUUCACAGCGUACCCUAAAAAUCACCGGGCAUGAAAGUGCGGAUUCAAAAAUAUCCGGAUACGUACGCGUGGGCGUGGCCUUAAUAAGGAGUUUCAUAGUAUUAUUCUUAGCUAAAAAUACAGCCCUAUAACACUCAAUUAUUUGUUAUGUUAAAUAAAAUAUACUUCAACUGAU